AUGUCCGACGAUUCAGCCAACCAGCAUUUUCGCGGACAGGUCCGCUCUUGGGGUACCGCCAACAAGCCCAACGGGCGCGAUGGCGAUGUCGACGAGAACUCGCCGCUUCUCGUGAACGGCAAUCACUCGGCAACUCACGAAUCCCAUGUCGUCAACGGCGACAGCGGCAACCAGACGCUCAAGUUCCUCUUCAAUUCGACACAUACCCCGGGCACCGACAGCCCCAACGUUGCUGUCAGGUAUUCGUCCCAGGUCUGGCACGUCACCAAGGUGUCGCUCCUGAGCAACUAUGUCAACUUCCUUCUUGUCAUGGUGCCCCUUGGCAUUGUUGCCGGAAAGCUUCACUGGAGCCCGACUGCUGUCUUCACCAUCAACUUCUUCGCCAUUAUCCCGCUUGCCGCUGUUUUGUCGUUUGCGACCGAACAAAUCUCCAUGAAGCUCGGUGAAGCUCUUGGAGGGUUGCUCAACGCCACCUUUGGAAAUGCGGUCGAACUGAUCGUCAGCAUUGUCGCCCUGAAGGAAGGCCAGAUCGAGGUGGUCCAGUCGUCCAUGCUGGGCUCUAUCCUUUCCAACCUGCUUCUCGUCAUGGGCAUGUGCUUCUUCUUUGGCGGCAUUGUCAACAUGCGCGACAGGGUUACUGGCCAGGGCAUGGAACAGAGCUUUGCCUCUGCUACGGCGCAAACCACCUGUUCGCUGAUGACACUGUCUUCGGCAUCGCUCGUCAUCCCCGCUACGCUCUACUCUGUGCUUGACAAGGCCGAUAGUGUCGAGAAGGAGCACAGCAUUCUAGUCCUUUCCCGCGGUACCGCCAUCAUCCUGUUGUUGCUCUACGUUCUCUACUUGUGGUUCCAGCUGCGCACUCACCCCAAUCUCUUCGAUGCCGAAAUCCAGCACCACAACGACGAAGAGGCCGAGGAGCCCAUCAUGGGCCCUAUCGCCGCCGCCACCGUGCUUGUUGUCACCACCAUUCUGGUUGCCAUCUGUGCCGACUACCUCGUGGAGAGCAUCGACCCUAUCGUCGAGACGGCGCACAUCAGCAAGAACUUUAUCGGUCUUAUUCUUAUUCCUAUUGUCGGCAACGCGGCUGAACACGUCACGGCUGUCGUCGUGGCCAUCCGGAACAAGAUGGAUCUAGCUAUGGGUGUUGCCAUCGGUUCCAGUAUUCAGAUCGCCCUCCUCGUUACCCCUUUCCUUGUUAUCCUCGGAUGGGCUGUUCUCGACAAGCCGAUGACCCUGCACUUUGAGACAUUCGAGACUGUUGCCUUUGCAUUCUCUGUGCUCGUAGUCACAUACACUGUACAGGAUGGCAAGUCCAAUUACCUCGAGGGUGCAAUGCUUCUUGGCCUGUACAUCAUUAUCGCCUUGGCCUUCUAUGUCAGCCCCAGCGAUGCUUUGGACAAGGUCCUGUCCGUUGUUCAGCGUUGA